AUGACGGGCCUCUUCAACAAGAUCUGUGCCCUUCCGGCUGCCCUUUGGGCCAGGGCAAGCCGACGCACGCGCGUCACCAGCGCUGUUGUUCUCUUCACAAUACUGGUCGUCAUCUACUCAAAACCGCUGGCCGGUUCGAUGGACAUAGCAGUGCCGCAGGUGCACCUGGACUACAACAAGAACCGGUCGCCGUUCAACGAGACCAAGGUUGCGCUCCUGAUCGAGAACCGCCCGAACCCGAUCCUCGCGCCGUUGAUGCUGCACUUUAUGGCGGUCGUGCCUCCGGACUGGCGCUUCCGCUUCAUGGGCUCGUUGGAAUCGGUCGAGUUCAUCAACCGCUCCAUGGCCAUCCGCGAGCAGGUGUCGGCCGGAAAGCUGGACCUGACGUACAUACCGUCCAACAUGACCACGGGCAGCCAGGAGGAGAUCAGCCGCUUCCUGACGACGCUGUGGCUGUACGAGACGGUGCUCAAACCGGCGGAGCACCUGCUCGUCUUCCAGACCGACAGCAUGCUCUGCGCUAACUCGAAGCAGAACCUCAACGACUACAUCGAGUACGACUGGGUCGGUGCGCCGUGGGACCCGAAUGGCCGCUUUGGUGGCAACGGCGGCCUGUCGCUGCGCCGCGUCUCGGCCAUCGUCCAGGUCCUGCGGGAACAGCAGCGGGUCGACGGCAGUGAGCCCGAGGACGUCUGGCUCGCGAACCUGUUGGGCCACCGGCCUGGCGCCCGCCUCGCCAACGGCACCGUCUCUCUCACAUUUAGCGGCGAGAUGAACAGCGGCAAGGGUGCCAAGCUGAAUGAUCAGGCCAACGGUACCAAUUCCGAUGCCGCUCGCAAGGGCGACCUUAUCAAGGGUCUGGACGACUGGAGGAGCGGCUUCUACGAGCCCAUGGGGUACCACACCGGAGGUAGCGGUGUCACGCUGCACCCGCCCAUUUGGGGAACGCCCGAGCUGAGGAAGCACAUUUGGGAUUAUUGCCCCGAGGUGAAGAUGACUUUGAUGAUGGAUGCUGCGAAAUUUGUCCCUGGAGAUUGUGGUAACAACUGGACAUAUGGGAAGAGAGACCUGGAAGGGAAUUCCGAUUCUGAUCUGGGUUAUGGUACCGAAAUCAUCGAUGGCAAGGAGUAUCCAAUCCUUCCAGACAGCAUAAGGCCAUGGUAA